AUGCGUACGCAACUUUUCAUUACAACAUUGCUGGCUGCUGUUACUUCCCUUGUAGCAUCCGCGCCGAGCAAUCUCCACGACCGGAGCGUCGCUUUCGAUUGGAGUACGGACAAAGUCCGAGGAGUAAACAUCGGUGGCUGGCUAGUCCUUGAGCCGUUCAUCACACCGUCGAUAUUCGAGCAUCACAGCUCAGCCGAUUGGCCUGUCCACGACGAAUGGACGCUUUGCGAGAAGUUGGGCCAGAGUGAAUGUUUCAAUGUGUUGAAGUCGCAUUGGAAGAACUUCGUCUCCUGGAACGACUUUCGGAAAAUCAAGGAUGCUGGCUUCAAUGUCGUACGCAUUCCCGUUGGUUACUGGAGUUAUGUGGAGCCUUGGGGCCCUUACACUACAGGCGCAGCCCCAUAUCUCGACGUCGCCAUCGAUUGGGCGCGACAAACUGGUCUGAAGAUCAUCAUCGAUCUUCAUGGCGCACCCAAAUCCCAGAACGGCUUCGAUCACAGCGGCCAUACUGCAUCUUGGCCGGCCUGGGGCGAUUCCGACAGUCUGAGCCACACUCAUGCUGCACUCAAACAGAUCGAGCAGAAAUACGCUACACUAGAGAUGCAAGAUGUCGUGGUCGCCAUCCAGUUCCUUAACGAGCCUUUCCUACUUAAGCUCGAUCAGAAGAUGGUUAAACAAUUUUACCACGAUGCAUACUACAGCCUACGGGGUAUCAGCGACACACCUGCUAUGCUGCACGAUGGGUUCGAGAACCCGUCUUGGCUAAACGGCUUCCUGACCACCCAGGACAACGAUGUGCGCAAUGUCGUGGUCGAUCACCAUGAGUACCAGAUCUUUGACUCCGGGUUGAACGCCAUGUCUAUCGACCAACACGUGGCUCUUACGUGCAACUCUGUCAGCAACUACGACAGCUCAGACAAAUGGACGAUCGUGGGCGAAUGGUCCGGCGCCUUUACCGACUGCGCCCUCCAUCUCAACGGCUUCAACUACGGUUCCCGCAUGGAAGGUAGCUUUCCAGGCUCCUACUGGAUUGAUUCGUGCGCCGGUAAAUUCGGUUUCGUGUCCUCGUGGUCUCAGGACUGGAAGGAUAGCGUGCGUCGCUACAUUGAAGUUCAACUCGAUGCGUAUGAAGCCAAGACGCGUGGUUGGAUCUUUUGGAACUUCAAGACUGAAGGGAGUGCUGGGGAGUGGGAUCUGUUUCAGCUUUUGGAUAAUGGUGUGUUUCCGCAGCCGUUGUGGGAUAGAAGGUUUGGAAAGGCUUGUGAGAACUUCUGA